UCACCAUCAACCAGAUGCGCUCGUAACUGUAGCGAAACUCAGCAGCACGGUGAGGAAGAGUACAGGGGCUGUGAAUCGUCGCGCGAAUAAUGAGGACGAACCUACAAUAGCUGAGAGCUGCACACCAAGCCCACCAUGGCUUACGAUACCUCGAGCGGGUAUGCGCCGCCUAGCACGAGCAACAUGCAAGAGGAUGCGUCGGGCCCUAUGUUCAACAUAGAGCGCGUCACUCUACAGUUCAACAUCUCCUCCGACUUUGUGGCCGCUGCCGUAGCGAACAAUGUGGUGGUACUGGCCCUGUCCACUGGACGCAUCUUGCGUAUAGACCUGGAUAGUCCCGCUGAUAUAGACGACAUCGACCUACCAAAGAAGCCGUCAGAAGUCGGCGUCAUCAGACGACUCUUCCUCGACCCCUCCGCGUCCCAUCUCAUCGUAACCACUACCCUCGCCGAGAACUACUACCUCCAUACACAAUCACGGACACCGAAGGCGCUAUCACGGUUGAAGGGUGUCGUCAUAGAAAGCAUAUCGUGGAAUCCCUCCCAACCUACAGCGUCAACGCGCGAGAUACUUGUAGGAGCAUCGGACGGCAAUGUCUACGAAGUGUACAUCGAGCCGUCCUCCGAGUUCUACAGAAGGGAAGAGAGAUACCUGAAGAGUGUAUAUAGGACGAACGAUGGUCCUAUUACGGGGCUCUGGACGGAUAUGGUGCCAGGAAGAACAGAUCUGCGGCGUAUCAUAGUAGCCACACCUUCGACUUUCCUGCAUUUCGCAGGCAAAGUCGGACGUCAAGGAUCCGAAGGCAGCGGAUCUAUAUUCUCGAAAUUGUUCGAAAGCGAAUCUGCGACAGUGCAUGAGGUGUCGAACGUAGCCUCUACAGCAACUUCACUGCUCUCUGUCUCCCCAGAGAACCAGGAAAACCCAAAUCGCGAGGAAUCGAACGCGGAGAGGAUCUUUGGUUGGCUUACAUCACAAGGCGUGUUACACGGCAAACUUUAUCUAUCGCAAGAUACCUCUGAGUUGGGCAGCAAAGUUCUAGGAGACGCGAAGAUGCUGCCCAGAUCCCAAGUGCCACCUUCACAAACCGCUAGCGGACGGACACGACGAACACAAGACGCAGUCAGCUCGAUGAUUUUGAGCCAGUGGCAUAUUCUACAGCUCGUUGAAGGCAGAAUCGUAGCUAUCAACCGUUUGGACGAUACUGUGGUCCUUGAUCAGGUUGUGCUGGAGCCCGGACAAAGUGCGCUUGGUCUGGUGGUCGACUUGAAGAAGAAUACUUACUGGCUCUUCACAACCCAAGAGAUCUUCGAAAUUGUUGUGACCGACGAGAGUAGGGAUGUCUGGAAGAUCAUGCUCAGAGCACAGCAAUUCGAAGCGGCUUCACAGUAUGCCAAAACGCCUGCUCAGAAGGAUGCAGUGGCAACGGCAUCUGGUGAUUACCUCGUUGGUAAGAGCCAAUGGAUGGAGGCUGCGACAGUCUAUGGCCGAAGCACGAAACCUUUUGAGCAGGUUGCAUUGACAUUCAUCGAUAAUGGCGAGCAAGACGCUCUGAGGAAGUACUUGGUUACAAAGCUCUCCACACUCAAGAAGUCGUCGAUCAUGCAGAGGACCAUGGUUGCUACCUGGUUGAUUGAGCUCUACAUGGCUAAGCUCAACACUCUCGACGACACUAUCACUACAAAGGCUGAGUUAUCAGAGAGUAUGAACACUGCCGAAACCCAUGAUCAAUUGUCGGUCAUCCGUAAAGAGUAUCAGGACUUUGUAUCGAAAUACAAGGCUGAUCUGGAUCGCAAGACCGUCUAUGAGAUCAUCAGCAGCCACGGUCGCGAGGAGGAACUGCUGUACUUCGCUACUGUGGUCAAUGACUAUAACUACGUCUUGUCGUACUGGGUGCAGCGCGAGCGAUGGCAGGAGUCUUUGGACGUCCUCAAAAAACAGACGGAUCCAGAGAUCUUCUACAAAUACAGUUCUGUUCUGAUGGCACAUGUGCCCGUCGAGCUGGUUGACAUCAUGAUGCGCCAUUCGACGUUCGACGCCCAAAAGCUCAUCCCAGCUUUCCUCAACUACAACAACCACACCAAAGCCUCACUUGCCCAAAAUCAAGCAGUCCGCUACCUCCUCUUCGAAAUCAACCAACACAACUCUACCGACGCGGCCAUCCACAACACUCUCAUCUCUAUCUACGCCUCGCACCCGACCCCCGACGAAUCCGCUCUUCUCGCCUACCUCGAAGGCCAAUCUCUCGCCCAUGAACAAAACUACGACGCAGACUUUGCCCUUCGCCUCUGUAUCCAACACAAACGUGUCCAAUCAUGUGUCCACAUCUACAGCUCCAUGCAACAAUACGUGCAAGCCGUCGACCUCGCCCUGAAGUACGAUGAAGUAGACCUCGCGUCCACCGUAGCCGACCGGUCCAACACAUCACCCCCUCUGCGCAAGAAGCUCUGGCUCGCCAUUGCCAAGAAGGUGAUUUCGCAAUCCAGCGGCAUCAAGACGGCUAUCGAGUUCUUGAGAAGAGUCGACCUACUCAGGAUAGAAGACCUGAUUCCCUUCUUCCCCGAUUUCGUCGUCAUCGACGACUUCAAAGAGGAGAUUUGCGCUGCGCUGGAGGACUACAGUCACAAGAUCGAUAGCCUGAAACAGGAAAUGGAUGAUAGUGAAGCGACGGCUACACACAUCAAAUCCGAUAUCAAAGCCCUGGAGCAGCGAUAUGCUAUUGUGGAACCGGGAGAGCGAUGCUACGUCUGUGGUUUACCCUUGUUGGCUCGCCAGUUCUUUGUGUUUCCCUGCCAGCAUGCUUUCCAUAGUGAUUGUCUGGCUAAGAGGGUGGUGGAGCUCGCAGGUAUUGCGAGGGGGAAGAGGAUUGCGGAGUUGCAGGCUGAGGUGCAGAGAGGGGUCAAGGUGGGCAAGGGCAGGGAGAGGGCGAUUAGGGAGUUGGAUGCUUUGGUUGGGAGUAGCUGUGUCUUGUGCGGUGAACUUGCUGUUAAACUCGUCAAUGAACCUUUUAUCAGCGCGACGGACGACAAGGAUGAAUGGGCGCUUUGAACAGGUUACUACUACGUUGGCAUUACAAGCAGUCGUUUCGAGUCAAAGUAGAGAAUUUCGAAGAAAGCUCUAUUGUACAUUUACUUGGCUUGCUACUCUAUUCCGCCCCCGUGCGUGUGGUAUACAAAUUUUAGUGGUGCUAUAGAAUAGACGAGCUGAUGAUGAUUCAUGUUCCGUCCCCAAGACGCCGUAGCGCUGAUGCAAGAAUGUGAGAUGGAAAACUAUAACAGUGCAG